AUGAAGGGAUUCUUGUGGUCUAAGAGCAAGAAAUCCUCGGGUAACAAAGGUAACGAGAAGACGAGCCGACAUACUAAACGGUCCAUCUCGUCGUCGUCGUCGUCAUCGUCCUCCCUGAAUAUAUUACCACAAACUGCGACAGCUGAGACCCUCACCAAUUCAUUACGCGACAAAAGUUCAAGUUCGAAUUUAUCUGUCUCUUCAAGUCGUCAACAUCACUUGUCAAAGCACAGCAUUAAAUCAAUUGGUAAUGCACCAGUGGACCCUAUGAAGAGACAGAGUUCUUUAUCGUCAGCGGACCAUCAUUCUACAGAACGGAAAAUAUAUAGCUCUGAUGCACAUGCAAGAUCUUCAAGAAGUAUAUUGCCAAAUCAUCAUUUAAACAUGAUGUCAUCUCAUAAUCCUUCAAGGGAAGAUACACAAUCAAUUAUAUCUAACGAAACUGCAACCACUGUAAAUGCAUCCAUUGCAUCAAAUGACGAUUCUCAUCCUACACAUCAUAUAAGUAAAGAAGAUAUUGGCGGCCCAAUAUUGUCUCCAGUGAGUUCAUCUUUACAACCAUCUGGGAUCAGAAAGAUCAACACGGUCCAAUCGUCAUUAACGAACGAACAACAACAGAGAAGAGACACCAUUACACGGUUGCUCGUCCAUCUGAAUGAUGACAAUUUCGAUACAAAUACUUUUAAAAUCGGUUGGGUGAACAGAUCCCACGGUCAAAUUAUGGCUCAACAACAGCCACAUACUCAACUGCCGCACUCGAAUUCUACACAGCACUUAAGAGAGAGGAAAAUGUCUCAUAGAGAAAGUGUACUCUUUGGAGCUGAUAUGUUAGCACAAUUGAGUAGUAUGGAAACCGAAUCCCAUAGGGAUUCAGUUCGUUUAGAUUCAGGAAACCAAAGAAAUAGUACGAUCGUUGAUGCACAAACUAUGGUUCCAGAUUAUAGGAUUUAUCGUGCAGAAUUGAAAGGUUGUCUAUUAAAUUUAUAUAAGGAUGGACUUGGUAGUAACAUAAAAUAUUUUGAUCCAACUGCUAUCCCACCGGAAGUAAAUGAACCACAACGUAUUGAGAACUCCAACAAGAUAGAGUUUAAUGAUAAUAAACCGAACUUACAACAAGUAUCGAACAAACGAGCAACAAUCUCAGGAUCAAAGUAUUUCAUGACUGACGUUCCAUCAUCAAAGAGAGGAAUUGAUCCAGAUCAUAAUAAAGAACACAUAGACCCCAAAGCUAUAUUACCUAUAGAGAUAAAAUAUUUAAGUGAAAAAUAUCCACACCCAAAUUUAAAAUUAGAUAAAGAAGGUAGGAUAAUUGGCGGUGAUGUUGAAAGCUUAUGCCAUGCCGUUUUAUUUUCACCAAUGUCGUCAGGAAAACACAGUGUUAGCACAAGCAAAAAACAGAGAACAAUUGUGAAUAUCCUGUUACUUCUUCCAUUAGUUGAUUAUUUUAUCAAAUUUAUUAUAACUUUCAACCAAUUUGGUCUCACUUUCACAAAACACAAGAUGAAAUUAACCACUACGUCUUUACAAUACCAUAAUAUUACGAAUGAAAUGGACGAUCAACUCUCAGAGAGAUUAGCCCUAGUUGGAAAAACUAUUCUUGACAUCAUGCCAGGAUUCCUAUUAGAUGAACAAAUAUUCCAAGCCACAAUUGCAUUACUUAAUACUAUAUCUCUUCACAAUGAUGAACUAUCGAAUAAUUUAAAGAUCUCUAUUGCUAAUAGACAUAAUGAAAUGACUUCAUUGACUUCAUAUAUUAGAGUUGAUCCAUCUGUUUCUCGGACUAAUUCAUCUACCAGUAAAGUUAGUGGGAAUAGUCUUUUAAAUGAUGUUCUUGACUUUAAAAAAUUCCUUGAUGUUGAUACCACUUUUUUUGCCAACGAAGUUCAUUUAAUCAACUUAAAAUUUGACAAAAUUUGGACACCUCGAGAGGAUUAUUCUUUGUUGUAUUCAUCAAAAUAUAUUAAUCAAAACAUACUGGCGUUAAAUCCGUUGGUAUUCAACAAUUCUGAAAAUUUGCACUUUUUGGGGAGAUUACUUGUGUGUCAUUUGUUCCCAUCUAAUCCAUUAUCAAUUACACCAAAAACAAGGGCUAAGAUUUUAAGAAAAUGGGUUCAAUUAGGUUGUAAAUUUGAACAUUUAGGUGACAUGGUAUCAUGGUUAGCAAUUGCUACAGUGCUAUGUUCUGUGCCGAUCCUAAGAUUAUUUAAAUCAUGGCAAUACGUUUCUGAAACUACGUUAAAGAUUAUAUUUAAAGAUUGGGUUCCAACAAUUGCUCAAUUGGAGAGAAGACAGGCCUCAUCGAAGUCAACAAGUAGUGUAUUCAUAUUGGCACCUCCAAAUUUAAAUGAUCCAUUUAUAAGAGACAAUGUAAUCUCAUAUUUUGGAGACUUAAUUAUAUACGCUGAUGAUUUAUCCCAAAAUACAAAAUUUAAAUAUCUUGAAAAGAAAAUCAAUAGGACAAAAAAUGCAUUCCAUAAAUGGCAGCAACGAUUAGAAACUGUAAAAGAAACAGCCAAGGGACCUAUUAAAACAAACAAUUUGGAAAGUAUUGAUCCAAAAACAAGUAGUGUUUAUCAGUUCUGGAAGUACCACGUUACCCAACCUUCUAUCAAUAUUGAAAAUAUAAUGAAACUGAGUCUUCAAUAUGAACCACCGGCGAUUGACCCAUAUUUAUAUUCUGGUAUGAAUUCAAGAAGGAGUCCGUUAUUAACAGGAAGCUAUCUACCUAUUUUAUUUAAUGAAUUGCAACCCAAUUACAGUUUAUUCCCAAAAAAGUCUUUGAUUGGUGCAGCAGGACCGACUAUUAACAAUACUCCUGCUAUACCCUUAAGAUCAUCUGCCCGCAGAUCCAGUACCUUAUCAACGAUUGGUAAAUCUGAGUCUCUGUUAAAUUUAAAUGCUCCAAGUAGUGGCAAUGAUACAAACCAGAUUACAGGCAUUGGAAAAAUCGAUGGACCAACUAUCAAAGAACUUGCACAAAGACAAUCGACCCAACAAACAUUAAUGAAGUCUAUUAGAGAUAUGUUUAAUAUUGAUACUGAUCUAUUUCAUGUGACAGAUGAUCUAGUUUUUAAGUCCAAUAUCGAAAAAGCUGUCAAGUCGAGACCUACAAGUAUAGUCGUAGAAUCACCAAGAAAAUUUUCACAACAAUCUUUCGGUAAUAACUCUUCAAGAGAUUCACAUGACAUGAAUAGAUUGAGCAAAACUUUAGAAAAUAUGAACUUUUUUGAAGGCAUUGGGAACGUUUCUGACACUUUUAAUGAAUCUGUUAUAGAUGUCGUAUUAAAAUCCGCUUCACUAGAAAGAAUAUUUGAUCUACUCGUCCUUACAGCAAAUGUAUUCUCUAAGUUAGUUGAUACCAAGGAUUUAGAAAAUCAUUUUAAACAUAAAAAUAGAGGGGUCAAUGCGCGAGAAGGGAAAGAACAAAAUUCUAUGGGAUUACUUGAUUACGCUUUUGUUAAAUUGGUUCUAGAUGAUGACGUUUUCACAGAAACAUUUUUUGACUCUUAUAGAAGUUUUACUACUACAACAAAUGUUUUAGAAAACUUGGCAAAGAGAUAUAUCGGUGCGAAGAGUUGCGCUGUAACAAUCACAUCUAUGUUAGAUCUAGGUAAGGAUCCAAAAAACCAUGUAGAGAAUCAAAAUUUUCCAAAUUGGAAUUCAAAAAUUCUGGAUGAAAAAUAUGUUAACUUGAUUUAUGUAGCUAAGAUCCAGAUAGGGGCUGCUGAAGCAAUUCAUCAUCUAGUUUUAAAUCAUUAUAGCGAUUUCACGGAUGAUCCGAAAUGUAAUUCUAUUUUCUUUGAUAUUCUUAAAGUUAUGGAAAAAGAAGUUACUUAUGAAUGGUCAUCAAGAUUACAGAAUAUUAAAGAAGAGGAAGAUGAAUACGUUGGUUCGUACGAAGAUGUUUCCAAGCUGGUCGAAAAAUUAACCCAACUUUUCCAAAUGACCAAAGCUACGUAUCAGAAGGAACUAUACAGACCAGUCGGUAUCAAUAGAACGCAAAAGAAGAUAACCGAAAUAUUAGAAUCAUUUAAAUCAUUUUCUUAUGAUGAACUUAGAAGUUUGCUGAAUAGUAAACAACUCGAUGAUAGCUUAUUGGCUGAGUUCCAGAACAUUAAACAUGAUAACUACGAAGGAAUUCUUAAUUGGCUUCAAGAUUUAAAUAACUUUAUUGCGGAAAGAAUGCAAUUUAUCGACAAACGAGACUGGAUAGCAGUUUAUCAAAUAUUAGAACUAGAGUCUUCGAAAUCAUUGACCUCCUUUUACAAUUAUCCACUAAAUGUGCUUUCUUCCAACUUGGUUAACACAACAUCUGCUCAACUAAAAGAUUUAGAAAUUUUGAAUAUAAUCACAUGGGUUUCAACUCUUGUAACCACAAAUAAACUAUCAGAGAACCAAUCUUUGAUAUUAGAAAAACUACCAAACUCUAUCCAAAUCAUCAUUAAACUUCAUCAUUCAUUAACUGCAUUUUUUCAAGUUAUAAUUUCCAAUUCGAAAAUAAGUCUAAAUGAGCGUAACGGUGUGUGUGCUGUUCUUAUUCAAAUGCUGAAUUAUACGCGCAACAAGAAUGCAACUUUAGAUCUAUUCGAAUCAACGGAAUCUGCUGAUCCACAUGUUCUUUCGUCACAUAUACCAUCUUUUAUUGAAAGUGCUAUUUCAAAUGCAAUCAUUUCUCCUGAAAGUAGAUUCUACGAACAAAGCUGGAAAAAUGGACACGCUUUACUCUGCCGUAAUCAAGAUCCUUCACACCAAAGUUUUAAUUCUAUUGGUGAUAUACUCGAGGGUAUUGACGAUAAGCAUAUGAAAUCUUUUAUAGAAAUUGAUAACGUGUUUGAUUCAUGUAUCCCAUCACUUGCUCCAUGCCCUGGGUGGCUAAUCUGUAGGCUACUGGAAAUAUCUCAAUUCGUUCCAAAUAUGAGUAUUUCUAAUACCAGGCUAAUUAACUUUGAUAAGAGAAGAUUUGUGCAUAACAUUAUUUCUAAUAUUUCUGCACUAAUACCUGGUAAAACUAAAAAGUUGUCAAGCAAAUGUGGUUAUAUUUUAAUGAAUGAUUUCCAGGAUUCGGACAAGUCUUUCAGAAAGGCAAGUAAGGAACUUGCAUUAUCUGAAGCUAGAGAAUCUAAAUAUCAGGAAACUGGAGUCUUCAAUGAUAUUCUAAUUUUAGAAGUUGACAAAAUCAGAAGAGAACAGUCAAAACUGAAUAGUCUACGUACUCAAGAGCGCGAUGCUAUCCAUUCAAAUAAAAUGCAACAGGAUAUCAAUAGACAAAAAGGUGGGUUUUCUUCAAUGAACUCUCUUCAAACUUCCUCUCAUUAUGGAUCGUCCAGCGUUUCAUCGACGAAUGGGAUUGGUUCUACUUCUGGCACGAUGUCCAAGAAAAGUAGAAACUCUAUAACAAAUCUACCUAACAGAAGUUCUGUUGGUUCAGCAAACCAACCUUCCCAAGCUGGGGGUGUUAGCAAAAAAUUAGGUGGCUUUUUCAGAAGACCAUUUUCUAUUGCGGGUUUUAACACAUCGAUAUCGAAUUACUCGCUAAACAGCUCAAUUUCACAAGAUGUUGGUUCGAAGAAGGUUAUCGAAUCAUAUCUGUUACCAGAUUUGACGAACCAAGUCAUCAAUGAUUCUAAACCUACAUUGUGUUUGAAAACGUUUGAAAUCAAAAGUAUUUUAGAAAUUAUGAAUCAUCGAAAUAUUCCAGCUUAUUCAUUCUCCUUCAAGAUAAUAAUGCAAGAUAAUCACGAGUAUACAAUCCAAGCGACUAGCUCAGAGGAUUUAUAUGAAUGGAUAAAGAUGAUCAAGGCAUCGAAAAGGUAUUCAUUCCAUUCCAAAAAGUUCAAGGGACGGACUUCAAAUAAGGUAUUUGGUGUACCGUUAGAAGAUAUAUGUGCUAGAGAAGGUACGGUGAUCCCUACGAUCAUUAUUAAGUUAUUAGAAGAGAUCGAAUUUAGAGGUCUAGAUGAGGUCGGUUUAUAUAGAAUACCUGGCUCUGUAGGUAGUAUCAAUGCCCUGAAAAAUGCUUUUGAUGAAGAAGGAGCAACAAGCAACACCUUUACCUUGGAAGAUGAUAGAUGGUUUGAAAUUAAUGCUAUUGCAGGUUGUUUCAAAAUGUACUUGAGAGAAUUACCUGAUUCCUUAUUUACAAACGAAAAAGUUAGCCAAUUUACCCAAUUAGCACUAAGUCGCAAAUCCAAUGAGAUUUCAUUUGACGUUUAUAAGAGUAAUAUGACCACAUUAUUGAAUCAAUUGCCUGUUUGUUAUUAUCAAACCAUGCGCAGAAUUGUGCUACAUCUAAACAAAGUACACCAACAUGUAUCUACAAACCGUAUGGAUGCGUCUAAUUUAGCCAUCGUCUUUUCAAUGAGUUUCAUUGAUCAAGAAGAUCUAUCUAACAGCAUGGGCCCAACUUUGGGAGCUGUCCAAUCAAUUCUACAAGACUUUAUCAAGACACCUAACGAUUACUUUAUAGAAAUGAAAUAA